AGUCACUCAACAACUCCCAAAGAAUCUGGAUGUUUUGUCGAUCCUCUAGAUACUGCGGCAUUUACGUGAUACAGACAGAAACUGUUAGAGAGAUUCUUAUCAAAGAAUUCCAUAAAUUUGUAGUUUACAUCGAGACAUUAGUUUGCUGGUGGAAAGUGUGUGAAAAUUUAUUUAUAUAUAAGAAAAUUCUACUGAUAGAACAUACCUCACGAAUUCAUGAGGAAUCCUCAAGAGGAAUGGUGAAAAUUCUAUUGAAGAUACUAUAGUGAAAAUUGAAACAUUUCUCAUCGUGUUUCUUGUGCACCAUAAAAUUUCAAGAAUAGUUCAACCCGGAACGACACAUUAAACAACCCAGAGAAUCCUCCUCCGCAAUUUUCAGCGUAGCAGGAGAAUUUCAAAAGGGUAUCCCCUGCCCAACCCUUGUAACUGCCAGUUAGCUACUGAAAUUUUCGGGUAAAUAGAUUGGUAAAUAGACAAUGUAGAUAGUAGAUGGUAGCUCAAAGUGUCGACGGAAGGCACACUUAAUGGCUUUCUAAUGAGAGGAUGAGUCGUGUGAUCGUAAAAAGUGUCUGUGGAUUUAACGUGAAGAACUUUACGACACUGCAUCAAUCGUGCCGAAGGAGUCACCAAGAAGUUGGAAUGCUGUCUACGGCAAAAAUAGAUUUGCUCUGGAUGUCACAUUGGUUUUGGGGAGUGUGAAAAAGUGUAUAGCGAGAACUUUUCUUUUUUUUAAUUUUAAAUGUGUUAAAACGAAACUUUGAGUGCAUUCUUCCACUCCAUGUGCUGUGUUGCCCUUAACAUCAAAGUAAGAUACAAUUUAUCCCGUGUCUUCCCACUUAUGUGAUCGUCUAACUUUUUAUUUUAACUCCUCUGUGACCGUGAAAAUUCCUAUUGAGACAUAUUCCGUUUGUUUGUAAUUCCUUUUUUGGAAUUCCUGUAUGUAUGUACAAUUGGGAAUUUAUCCAAUUGUUUUGUGUCUGUCUCAUGAGAUACUCCUUUGUUAUUCCCAAUCAAUUAAUACUUUCCCUGUGAAAUUGUUAUAAGAAAUCCUGAAUCAUUUUCCUUUGUGUUCGUCAAAAGCUUCCUGAAAUCUUCCUCUGUUUGUAAUCGUUAAAAGCUCCUGAACAUCCUUCUGUUUGUGACUGUCUAAGAUACCAAAAACAUUUUCUGUUUGUCUUCGUCAAAAGAUCUAAAUCCAUCCUUUUGUUUGUGAUCGUCAAAAACUCCCAAAAUAUCCUUCUGUUUGUGCGUGUCAAAAGUUCCCAAAACAAUCCUACUGUUUGUGUUCGUUAAAAGCUCCAAAAUCAUCCUUCUGUUUGUGAUCGUCAAAAGCUCCUAAAAUCAUCCAUUUGUUUGUAUUCGUCAAAAUCCCAAAGAAUCCUUCUGUUUGUAAUUGUCAAAGACUCCUUAAUAUCCUUUUGUUUGUGAUCGUUAAAACCUUCGAAAAUAUCCUUCGUUUGUGAUCGUCAAAAAGCUCCCAAUAUCUACCUUCUGUUUGUAUUCGUCAAAAGCUCCCCUCUUCUGUAUGUCAAAAACCUAAAAUUUCCUCCUUCUGUGAUCGUUAAAAGCUCCCACAUAUUGUGUUGAAAUUGUGAUCGUCAAAAGCUCCCGAAACCUUGUGAUUGUUUUACAUUCCUGUGUUGAAAAUCCUUAACAUUCCAAACGUUAUCCUAUUGUCGAGAACUGUCUAAAAUACCCUAAAGAUCAUUUUGUGUUUGUGAUCGUCAAAAGCUCCUUAACAUCAAUCCAUCUGUGUAUUUGUCUAACAAUUAUCCUCUUGUUUGUGUACUUGUCAAAACAAAACCCUUCUGUGUAAUCCUUAAUUUCCUUCUGUUUUCGUCAAGUUUUUCGUCAAAAGAUUUUCUGUAUUGUCUAUCCCUCAAUAUCCUGUGUUUGUGAUCGUCAAUUAAUUGUCAUACCUCUGUAAAACCUUGUGUUUUCGUCAAAAGCUCCCUGUGAUCGUCAAAAAGCUCCCACUGUGAAAUUGUCUUUCUUAUCCAAAUACAGUAAUUUCCACUGAAACUAAUACCUCUUUGUGUUCGUUCAAAGCUUCCCAGUAUCCCAAAAAGCUCCGUAUAAUUUAACGAAACCCAUCCCUCAUAAAUCCAAUGUCUCAUGUGUUUUAUGUGUUUCUUGUGGAGUGUCUCAAUAAACCCAUGAGAUAUCCUUGUGUUUCGUGUAAGUAAAAUUUCUGUUUCUUUUUUCUCACCACCCAAACAUCCUGCCGUCUCCCAGAAAAUCCCCCUGCUGUGUUGUGCCGGAACAAGAAGUGACUCAAAGACACUAUCGCACAUUAUCUGUGGCUUGUGCAGAAUCUGGUGAUUCUCAAUUGUGGGAGCAAUAUUCCAUCAUCUGUGGGUGAAUAAUCUAGCCCAGUGGUAGGGUGUCUUUUUCAACCCACUAAGAGACUUUAGUAUAGAAGAAACAGCUGUUUUGCGAAAGCGCCAGCAGCACAAGAACUAAAUAAACGUGGGGAUUAGUGAUUGACGUGACUGGGACAUAGAAUUCUGCUGUCGCGGAGGAUUCUUUCAUCUGUCGUCCAAUUUGUGACAUGCUGCCAUCGAAACUUCUGAGAUGUGGAAAGCUUCCGUGAUCACGAAACAUUUCACCAGCUGUUGAACAUCGUUGGAUUGUCGUGGAGGAUUUGAUAGAGCUUUUGAGGAUACUUUUUGACUGCUUCAACAAUGACAAACAUGAAAAUCCCCCUGAGACUCUUAAGCUUCAUUCUCUUCCUGCAAUCCGGGAUGGCUUUCUGUCCCUCCAAGUGCACCUGCGACGGUGACAAAAAUCUACGGGCAUCCUGUAUUGGAGCUGGACUUGAAGUUGUGCCAAUUCAACUAAAUCCUGACGUUAAGUCUAUCAAUCUGGCAAUGAAUCUCAUCACAAGUGUGCAUUACACAUUGUCCUUCUACACAAGACUAGAAGCCCUAGAUCUCUCACAAAAUCGAAUAGAGUCACUAGGUGGGAAGAAUUUUGAGUAUCAGAAUGAUCUUCGGGAGUUGGACUUGAGUCGAAAUCUUGUGUCAACAUUGGGCAAGGAUGCCUUUAGAGGCCUCAAGCGUCUCAGAGCGCUAAAUUUGAGUGAUAACUUCAUCGAGGGCAUUCACAGUGGAGCCAUGGUGGAUCUUAUCUCACUGGUAGAGCUCGAUCUUACCAAUAAUCGGAUUAUCAGCUUCGAAGAUACAACAUUCCGGUCAUUAGGAGCCUUGGAAGUGCUGAUACUGGAAAACAAUCAACUCUUAGAGGUGCCCACAAGUAACCUAGUCUAUUGCCAUCAACUCAGACGGCUCGAUCUUACCCGGAAUUUCGUAGAAUCCGUCCGCAAUGAAAGCUUCAUGGGCCUGAGACACCUCACAGAUCUCGAACUAGACGAAAAUGUCAUCAAAGAUGUGGACGUGGAUGCUUUCUCGGGACUAGUAGCCCUAACCUGGUUAGAUUUUGCUGAUAACAACCUCACGGUGAUGCCAACUGUACAAUUGUCAAAGCUGUCGAAUCUAACGAAUUUAUCACUGAGUGGAAAUAGUUUCUCAUAUUUACCCGCGGUGGCACUAUUGAAUUUAUUCAACUUGCGGGAAUUGCACCUCGAUCGUCUCGAACGCUUGACUCGAAUUGAUUCACGGGCUUUGGUUGACAAUACCCAUCUACAGCGAAUCACACUGGACGCCAAUCAAGCUUUCUACGACUUGCCACCGCGUCUCUUCCAUGGGAAUCCCAACCUCAUGGAUGUGUCGAUGCGCGGAAAUGGCUUGAAGACACUCGAUGCUGUGCAAUUCCCACUGGAUCAGCUAAGGAGACUCCAGUUGGCGGACAAUCCACUCGAGUGUAAUUGCUCCUUACUCUGGCUGUGGCGACUGGUGAAUGAGGAAGAGGAGGAGGUGGGUGCUGGAGAUGCGACAAGAAGUGGAAGCCUCACAUUGGACAGUGAAGCUAUUGGAUGCGAUAUUGUGGAGGACUCUGUAAAGGUCCGCCACAGACUGAUAGAUAUGUCCGAGGGAGAUAUCCAGUGUCCAGCUCGUCUUGUGACCAUCGUCUGUGCUGUGCUUACUGUACUGCUCGUCACGAUGGCUGGGGUGAGUGUGGUGCUGUAUCUGCAAUUCGCCCGGCGCCGGAAGCGGAUAGUCGAGGAGAGGAAAAACGUCAAUGAACGGAUUGUACCGCAGCAGAUCGACAAGAUGGAACUGGAGCGAUACCUCCAAGCCCAGGCACUCACGAGCGAGUACCGAACCCUCCGACCCUGGGAGAUUCCCAUCAAGGAGGCAGAUCGCGAGGAACCAGAUCACUACGAGAAGUUCGACUACUUCGACCACAGAAGAAUGCCACCCCCGAAGGCUGCCCCUGCACCUCAUGUAGUCUACGUAUGACUCCCAGGCAUCGGCCACAUUUACAGGUAAAGUGGACCCAAGGCAACUCCGGGUGCACCUUCAACCCUUUCAGCCAAGGCUCUUUCGCAACAAAAGAACAUACAUCUGGCGCACAUCCCAUUCUCAACUGCAACAAGUCGCAAUUGAGGAAACUUAUGAGCUUUCGCGCGUUAUCCGACCAAUCCUUCCUUCUGUACAUAGUAUCUCAUAGAUAGCGAAGAUUAAGUGAUUUUACAAGUUAAGAAAAAAUUAAAUUUUGUAGGUUAAUUAUAACUAGCAUUAUUUUUUCAUUCACAACCUAAAAAUCAUUUCUCCACAAUUCAUAUUUAGGAACCUACGUACCAAUUAGAAGUGCAUUUUCUUGGGGUCACUUUCAUCCACUUAUCUCACUUAGAAACUCAGUGGGAACCUCUACAAUGUUGAGGUACCUUUUCAAUAAUGUCUUCCAAAAUCUCUAGCAUUUCGGUUAAUUCAAAUGAAAAUUCAUGGGAGUAUCUUAACUAAAAGAUCUUCAUAGCAGUUAAGUAUGAAAAUUGGCGAUUUAACUUAGCAAUAUAGGAAAAUCAUAUACGUAAUUUUUCAUCACACAAUUCACAAAUGUAUUUCAAUUAUCUCUGUUAUGAAUACCUAUCGGCAUCACAACCGAUUUAACGGCAUAACCCCUGAGUCUCUGACCGUCGAGAGUCCGUUACUGUUACGUUUCCAUUUUUGAUAGUUCUCGUACGGCAGCGGUACUGUAAGUCUUUCAAUAUUUUCAAGUAAACCUUCCUCAAAUCAUUGAACAGAAGCUUAUUUAGAAUUCAUGAUUAAAUUUGUAAUGUUGAACCCACAAUAACUUUUGUUUUGUCAAUAUGUUUUUGACAUUUCAAUGAGAGUGAAUAAAACUGAGAUCUAGUCAUCUCUCUCUCUCUCAUAGGAAAUUUUGAAAACAUGUUUACAAACAGAAGUUAUUGUGCAUUGGGCAUAAUGAUCAGCGCACAAUAAAUUUCGUUUGAAAAUAUGUUUUAAAAAAUUUCUAUAAGAGUAAGCGAGAUGACUAGAUCUAGAUCUCACUCAAUCACAUUGUAAUGUCAAAAACAUGUUUACACAACAAAAGUUACUGUGCGUUGGGCAUAAUACUACAAUGAAUAUUUUCAAUGUUUUACACGAUUCUGGCGUUAUUCUAUAGUUGGCAUUUUCAACAAUCGUUCAACUUAGCUUUACUUUAUUAGAUCGAAAAAUGUUUAUUUUGGGGGACUCCUCUUUGUAUUUAAUUUAUAAAUGAAUAGUAUUGCAGCAAACCUUUUAAAUAUCUUCAAUUGACUACAGUAGUCUCUCAAAUUUGAAUCUCAUAAAUAUGAAAAAUUGGAUGAUUGAGAACCAUAUUUCUGUGCUGUUUCCUGAAUAUUUACGUGCAUUAUGAUCGUAUAAAAUGAAAAUCGAAACGUCUCCAUAAAGAUUUGUAAGAAAGUCCGGGUAUUUGAUUCGAAGUACAAUUUAAUUCCACAUAAAUUCUGUUAGUUUUGGAAAUAUCGUUUGAAUUUAGGAGGUGACCGUGGUGUCACAUAUAAGAUUAAUAUUAAUAUUAAUAAAAGCCGAAGAGAGAGGUAUAUAGUAUGCAAAAUUUCAAAUGCAAGAUCACGUGUGUUAGAAAGAGUACACUCUAGUGGAGUAAUAAGAUGAGUAAGAUAUUACUGUUCGUAUUAAUUGUUUUCUGAAUCGUAUUAUAGGCAAUUCGAGCAAUUUUCCAUGCGUGCCAACUGUGAUUCGGUUGGUUUUCGGGCGAUUGUAUGGCUUCCAACUUUGUACGCAGAGGGGAAAUGCGAGAGAGAGGCAAGAUAAAACAAUUGCUAUCUUUUUUUGCCAUUCUCGCAGUUCAGAAAGUAUUAAUCUUAAUAUUAAUCUUAUAUGUGACAUGGUCAUGAGAAGUAUCAUUUAUACCCCCGAAACGUUCGAAUUUAGAAGACUCUUCUGUAUCUAGACAGACGAUUUAGUAAAUAAAACUGCUAAGUUAAAUCGGAAUACUUUUUUUUAUAUAUUUUAGGGACCCGUCAAUCAGUAAAGUUACUACCUUCCUAUUUUUAUGAAAUAAUUGUGGCCUUCUGUUAACCUUUUAGAUGAUUUUAAGCUAAAGACUCAGUUUACCUAAUUAAUUCUUUGUUCUUAAAACGAAGCUUUGCCCUUGUACUGUUUCUGAGAUCUGUUACAACCAUAACCUAAUUUUUAAAUUCAAUAGUCCUCUGUAGAUUUAAAGAUCCCUUAUAUUUUUAUGGUGAUUCGAGCUUAAUGAAAACAAGAAAGUUAGAUAUUAUAUGUUUUAGGAUUUAAUCUAAUAAAAAUGCAGUGUUUACAUUCAUAGCAUUGGUCCUUAAGUUACGUAUACAGUUAGAUGGCGUAGAUAGGUUGGAAUUACUUCCGUAUAUUCUUGCUUUUGAUUCUGUUAAGAUUCUGUUUAUAAAGCCCAACCUCAAAAUUGACUAUUGAGUAUUAUUAAAUGAAAAUUCAUUAAAUGAAUUUUGACAAUUUGCAAGGAAAAUCCCAUGUUGGAAAGAACUUGAAGCAGUUGAGCAUGGGAGGUGCGGUCUAGUUGUUCGCAGGAAUUUUGUUUUGUGUAUAAAAUUAGCUUGGAAGAAAAAUGUGCAAAGUCAAAGUGCAAAUGUAAGUCAAAAGAAGAUGCAAAAUAUAAUUAGCAAGAUGAGAAAAAAAAAUAGUAAGAAAUUCUGCAUCUUCUGAAAAGCAAUAAGAGUAAUGGAUAAAAAAUUAUAGAAAAAAAAUCCUUUAAGUGACAAAAAAAUGGUGAAAUUUGAGAGAGAGAAAAAGAAAUGAAUGUAAAACAGCGUAAAUGAGAAUUAUUGAAUAUAUUACUAUUUUCAUAUUCUAUGAGGAAUUUGUAUAAAAGUAUUUAUAGAAGAACAAUUUAAUAUUAAUUGUGAAUUAAAGUGAAAUACACAAUUGCAGUAGAA